AUGAAAAAAUCGGAGGUGAAGCGGUUUGAAGAAGAAAAACACAAAGAGAAGACGACGACGAAUCAGAGGUCGAACGAGGAUCCAUCUAGCCAUCUCGAGGAUUUUGUCGGAGCAGACUUGGCCGGAGUAAAUAUUCAAACAGUCGUAGGAGAUCACGUUGGAAAAGAGAAGACGACGACGAAUCAGAGGUUGAACGAGGAUCCAUCUAGCCAUCUCGAGGAUUUUGUCGGAGCAGACUUGGCCGGAGUAAAUAUUCAAACAGUCGGAGGAGAUCACGUCGGAAAAGAGAAGACGACGACGAAUCAGAGGUUGAACGAGGAUCCAUCUAGCCAUCUCGAGGAUUUUGUCGGAGCAGACUUGGCCGGAGUAAAUAUUCAAACAGUCGGAGGAGAUCACGUCGGAAAAGAGAAGACGACGACGAAUCAGAGGUUGAACGAGGAUCCAUCUAGCCAUCUCGAGGAUUUUGUCGGAGCAGACUUGGCCGAGAGGUCCGAAGAAACAGAGGUUGAGGUGAAACAAAGGUCCGAAGAAGAAAAACGCAUGAUUCCCGGAAGGCCCGAUUAUGGUUAUAUUGGGGAGCGGACAACAAUACGAUCGAAUCAUUUUCAAGUUACCAUUGAUUCAACAAACACUGGUCUUUCAGAGUUGGCAACAUUCAUCAAUAACUCUGGUCAUGAAGAAAACCAUACCGUUAAGAAGACACUACGCAUGCUUCGCAAUUUGCUCAAGAAAACGGCAUGUGAAAGCUAUUCCCUCUCUGGGAAGUACUUUUUUGGAUUUCCUUCAAACGAGCUUCAUAUUAAUCUCGGAACGGGUAUCCAACUGAGUCGAGGUUUGUUUAGAUCAUUAAGGGUCACCCAAGAUGGGUUGUAUCUAAAUGCAGAUGUAAUGACCAAAUGCUGCCAUCAACCAAUCCAUUUGACUCAAUUUAUCAGCAACCAAUUCGUUAACAUUUGCGUCCCUGCCAAGGCACUCACUUAUCAAGAACGUUCCAAGGUGGAAAAACUCAUUACUGGUUUGGAAAUUGAGCUGACGUAUUUGCCUGCAGCCAGUGCCGGCUCUUGGGGUGUGCCCAAGCACAGGGACUAUAAUUUAUCUAAGCCGGGCCUGCCUGCAGCAAAGAAGGCAGUUAUUAAAGGACUUUCGUUUGAUCCCAUCGGUCUGCUCACAUUCAAAUUAGCUAAAAGAGGCAGUGAAGUGAGAUUCGUGGACUUUUUUCGUAAACAAUAUAAGCGUAAAGUGACUUAUCUACAUCUUCCUGCAAUCCAAAUUGGGGCUGGUGAAUACGUGCCUAUGGAGUUCUGCCGUAUAGCUAGUGGCCAGCCGUACACACAACGUCUUAGUGAGCAGGCAUUCCGUCUUAGUCGAGAGCAAGCGAAGAAUUUCCGAAGUGCUUCUGUCAUAACGCCUGGCAGGAGAGAGAGUAUGAUACAAACGAUGAUUAGGAUUGAUAAAGAACAGGCGUUAAAGCUUGUGAACAAGAAGAUAUCAGUGUCUGAUGACUUAACCUCGAUCGAGGCUCGUGUGCUUCCUCCUCCGACGGUUAUUUUCUCUCACUGUUAUCGCAAUUGA